UGGAAUUUGGUCAAGCCAAGUGGUGGUCAUUGGGGUCAAAUUUACUCCUUCUCUCACCCUACUGAGCUCAAGCAAAAUGGCCAAAGAAUCCACCAAGAAGAUCAAGACCUCCACCGUGGCCGACGUCGUGUCCCGCGACUACACGAUCAACCUCCACAAGCGCCUGCAUGGAGCUACCUUCAAGAAGAAGGCUCCCAAGGCUGUUCGCGAAAUCAAGAAGUUCGCCCAAAAGGCCAUGGGCACCGCCGAUGUCCGCAUCGACUCCAAGUUGAACAAGUUUGUGUGGUCCCAAGGUGUGCGCAACAUCCCUUACCGCGUCCGCGUGCGUCUCUCGCGCAAGCGUAACGAAGACGAAGACGCCAAGGAAAAGCUGUACACCCUUGUCCAACACGUCCAAGUCUCGACCUACAAGGGUUUGAGCACCGAAAACGUCGAAGAAUAGAUACGUCGCUGAGACUGUCUAGCAACCUCAGUAGAUCAGGGUGAGGACCUCUCAAUAGAGUGGAUUCGGUCACAAUGUCGUCAGAUAUUGAUUGGGAGGUCCAUAAUGUUGAGAUGUGGGUUCUUCA